CUUUUCGUGGCAGGGGCCAAUAACAAAGCUGAUGUAGUUCCACAAGAAAGAUAAAUUCGUGACCAACAACAUCAAAAAAUGUCUUCUCCCGACGUCCCUGUGUCGCCCGGUUCCACCUCUUCUCUCCCUGCCCUCGACGCCCUUGGGCUGUCAGACUCCGAGAUCAUCACUCUAAAAGCCGAACAACCGGACAGCAACGCCGAAUGCGUGAUUUCCCUGCACGGCGCGCACGUGCUUUCCUGGACUGAUAAAUUUGGCAAUGAGCUGCUUUACAUGAGCAAACGUGCGAAAUUCGACGCAGCAAAGAACCAAGCCUUGCGCGGCGGGAUUCCGAUUUGUUGGCCGGCGUUUGCGAACAAAAAGCCGGCGAUCGGCAAACACGGGUUUGUGCGGACGAGUAAGAGUUGGACAGUAAUCGAUAAAUCGGAAAGCUACUGCAAACUCCAGUUCUCCACUAUCUACCACCGGUGUGCACACGAUGCCACCUGUGACGAGAAAAGCUUCGACAUGGCGAAUGACGACUCGUCUUCCGUGCUGUUUCGGGUGGAGUUCUUGUUGAAGGAAAAUGCUCUUGGAAUACAGUUGUCCGUGCUCAACGACCACGUAGAAAAGCCGUUGCCGUUUUCUUGUUGUCUCCACACGUAUUUUAAAACCAACGUACUGGACCACGGAGUAAACGGUGCGAGUUUGCAGGUAAAAGGGCUGAAUUUCGCUUCGAUUUACGAGAAGACCCGGGAACUGGGGAAGGAAUGGAAGGUGGAAGCAGAUGCAGCUGCUGGUGCCAAUGGCCAUAAACAAGACGAAACAAGAACAAACGCGUCGUCCUGCGUCGUAGUGUCUGUCGAUGGCAAACAAGAGGUGGAGCGGAUGUUUUUUGUCGACAAGGUGGAAAAUCCACUACCUACCUGCGAAACCAGUCUCGGCGACUACUGGGAGUAUGACUUGACGGACCUGUUUCACGAGGGGAAGUACCGGGACAAGGAACAAUGUGCGGCGUUGUGGUCAAUAGCAGAAAUUCCAGAUGCGCAGCGGAUAAUAUUGCAGCCAAGUGGUGGAGCUGCUGCGAACAACGAAGAGCAGAGCAAUGACGUCGGCACAACAACUUCUAGUACACCAGUAAAGCGCGCGAUAUCGGAUAUCCUUUAAGCUCUAUACCUCUGUCGGGUUACCGGACUUUGUGAUAUGGAAUAUUGGGUCGUCCAGUCCGGAAAAAAUCCCGAAGGACAUGGAGAAGGGAGAUGAAAUGAAAUACUUCUGCGCCGAGCCGGGGAUUGUUGAGGUCGACGCAGAGGUGCAGGCGGGGAAAAAAUGGCAAAGUUGGCACGUGAUUGAGGUGGAGAAUCGGGAGGUCGUCGUGUCCUCUACAGAGGGUGGAUUAUAGAGCAAGUACUUCUUGGCUGCAUGUAGAAACUCCGGUGAAUUGAACCGACUACAACGUGCUCGAACGAAGCGCAACCCGGUGCGGCUGCCUGUGUCACGGGAGUCGUGUGGGACUGUAGUGACAGAAUUACAACUCCUGCAUCUUAAGUAGAACCUUCGGGCAAAACUCUUUUUUCCUCGGCUGUUGUUGGUUCAACCAUUUUCCUUUCGACUAGAGAGACGAUAGCGUGGGUCCUCUGCAUUGGUCUGCUUCUGAGUAGUUGAGUGCUUAAGAACGGGGGAGUAGAGUAGACCUGCCAGAGUCGUGCAGACUUCGAACCUGCAAAAGUGAACAAGAGUAGUUUUUAAAUACAUUUACUUGGGCAACAAUUUGAUAUCAAUUGAAGUUAUCGACGAUUGAGAAGGAGACCGGAGUGCAAACAAAAGUGCCGAAAAGUGGAAAUUCGUCCGGUGUGAAGAGGGG